AUGCGGGAUAAGAACAAACAGUUGAUGAAGAGAAACUAUGAUCAUAAGCAGGAGUUGGUGAAGGUCAGCCACCGGGAGGAGGAGAUGAAGAGUGCCGAGGUCUACUCGAAUCUAGGGUCGACAAUAUUUCUUGUCUUCUUGGCUGGGGGAACAUUUUUUAUGGCCUAUCGAGAGCAGGUCAUUAAAGACUUCUGUAGAUCCUCGAGCUUUCUAUUGAGAUUUGUUCCAGCCGCCAGUCAAUUUUUUAAGUUUGCCCUAGACGAGGCUACCGAGGAUAAGCUCUCUGACUACCCUAAUGAGGGAAAGCCCGGGCUUCUCGUCGAGCACGUGUGCCUAUCUCCCAAGUUCCCCAGAAGAAAUCGAAACCUCGAGGUUAGGAUCAACGCCACUGAGCCUAGCACCAAGAAAACAGUUCAUGAGCAAGAGGUCGCGACUGGGACCUCUGAUGCUGUCAAGAAAACCCCCCUCUCCCCCGCCAUUAGUAGCUAG